UAUAAAUUUCUUACCUUUCACGCUAUUAUUUUGAAAUCAUAAUUUUCACACACACACAUACACUUAUCCAUACACAUGUUUUUAGACUGAGCAUCUGUGCGUACCGGAGAGAGCAGAAUUUAUAUUACAACUCCAUUGUUUAAUGGAUCUUAUUGCGUUUUAUCAAGAGAAACGUGUGUAAAUAAAUAUUUAAUACAAGUAAACACACCAAAAUGAUGGUGUCAAGGGUAUCUUUGUGCUUUAACAAUCAAUUAUUAUCAAGAACAUGUCCAUUUGCACAGAAAACUCUUCGUAAAUCAUUGCAUAUAUCAUGUUACAAUAAAAGAAAUCCCAUAGCUACUUCUCGAUAUUCAAUAUCGAACAGGUUAACUCGAUAUUCUCCGGUAUUCAGCAGUUCAUUUAUAAGAUCAAUCAGUACUAACGAAACAAAUGUUCAGAAUGUCUCUGAAGAAAUGGUAGAUACUGCUGCUUCAACUGCUGCAGCUUCAGAAAGUUUACUUGAUAAAAUUCCAGAUAUUCCAGUAACACCUCCUCCAGCAGCAGAAGUCGAAGAAGUUAUUGUUCAUCUAACAAACAAAUUGGGAGAACCGACUUUUGCAUCUCUUGGACUAGGUAGUUGGUAUCCAAGUGGUAUUGUUCAGCAGAUGUUAGAAUUUAUACACGUUACUGGUGAUCUUCCCUGGUGGGCAUCCAUAACAAUCGGAACAAUAGUUAUAAGAACAUUAGUCUUUCCAUUGGUAAUUUACUCUCAAAGGCAAACAGUACACAUGCACAAUGUCCUCCCAGAGAUGCAAAAAAUUCAAGCUGAUCUAACAGAAGCUAGAAUGUGUGGUGAUCAAUUAGCAGCUGCAAGACAUACUUUUGAAUUGAUGGAAUUUAUGAAAGACAAGAAAUGUAAUCCUAUAAAAAAUCUGAUCGCCCCAUUUUUCCAAUUUCCAAUAUUUGCUUCAUUUUUCUUUGGACUGAAAAAAAUGGCUAAUCUACCAGUAGAAAGUAUGCAAACUGGUGGACUUUGGUGGUUUAAAGACCUAACAGUAUCCGAUCCAUAUUUUCUUUUACCAUUAAUGACAAGUGGUACACUUUUUCUGACAAUUAAAGCCGGAGUUGAUACACCUUCAUUAGAAGCAAUAGGCAUGAUGAAAUAUGUUAUCUUGGCAGUCCCAGUGAUUAUUUUACCAUUUACAAUUAACUUUUCUUCAGCUAUUUCUUGGUAUUGGUUAUCAACAAAUAUAUAUUCGUUAAUUCAAGUAUUAAUCUUGAGAAUACCAGCAGUCAGAGUAUUUUUCAAAAUUCCAGUAAAAAUACAACAUAAACCUGGUGCUCUAAUAAAGAAACCAUUCAAACAAGGAUUCAAAGAUAGUAUACAUAACAUGAAAAUGGCACGAGAGUUAGGUGACAGAGCACAAUUGGAUGCAAUUCAAUUCAAUAAAGCUGGUCGUGGACCAACUCAGAAAACUUAUAAAUACAAUCCUAUCGUGGAGCAUAUAAAGAAAGUUCAAGCUGUGAAGAAGAAUUAAAUUUUUUUUCCUGCUACAGGAUUAAUAUGAUUUCUAUGUAAUUUAGGAAUUUUUAUAAUAGUUGAAUAGAGUUAUUGUUUAAUAUAAAUACAUAUAAAAAUAAAA